AUGGAGUUGAGCCAAUUUCUUGGUGAGGAUCUCCCUCUCCCACCCGCCCGACUCUUCGAACGUCUCGGACAUCUGCCUGGCUAUACCUGGGAUCUAUCGACCAAACCCUUUCAUUCUACAUACAACCACUGGCAUAUCUACGGAUUCCACCAUGCCGUUGAGAACGAGCUUUCCACGCCUAUCGCAACCUCCUCCGGCCCCACCUCGUCCGGCCCUACCUCUGGCCCCUCGAGCCUCAGCCGUAAAUCGCCUCGAACGGAACUCAGACCGCGUCUCUUGAAUCGCAGAGCUAGUGUGAGCGAAACAAGCAGUGAAUUUUCCUUAUCGAGAGCGGGUGAGCAAGAACAGAUAUGGAUUCCCGUCGUCGGGCGUGUCUCCACAAAUGUCAUCCGGCUCGAGCGCGAGUUUCAUAUGCUGAGGUCAAUCGUGCAAUCAUCGGAUCCGGAUUGUAAUAACACAAUACGGCCAAUAGACUUGAUAAGACUGCCCCCGGAACCUGGAGACGACGGUACGCUGUUGGUAGCGAUCUUCGAGUCACCAGGUCAUGAUCAUCUACGAGAUUUGGUCACAUUUGGCCCUGCAUCAUUUGUCGCGGGAAGUAAGGGUGACAAAAAUCAGACACCAAACGACCAAAUCCCCCUUCCCGUCUUUUUCGACUUCGCAAUUGGCGCAUGCGAUUGCUUGGAAAUCCUUCACUAUGGCUUGAAAACGGUACAUGGGGAGAUACGUGGCGAUGCGUUUCACUUCUGCGCAGACAAUGGUGCCGUGAAAUUGGCAAAUAUCGGCAAUGGUGCACGGGCAUUCGACAAUGUUCUCAGCGAAGGCUGGUCUUCGGUUUCAAGGGAGCUGGGGGCCAAAUAUAAACUGCAGUUCAUUGCCCCAGAACAGACCGGCAGGAUGCCGACUGAACCAGACAGCCGCACAGACAUUUAUGCGUUAGGACUUUUCUUUUGGUCUAUGCUAGUAGGGAAACUGCCUUUUGAAGGUAGUGAUCCUGUUGAGGUGGUGCAGAACGUCCUGAGCAAAAGAUUACCACCAGUUUCUUCGAAAAGAAUGGAUGUCCCUGAUGCACUCUCCGCCGUCGUCCAGAAAAUGACACAGAAAGUUGUCCAUGAUCGCUAUCACACUAUUUCGUCCGUGAAGCGAGAUUUGUCGCAGAUCGCACAGUUGUUAGGUGAUGGAGACAGCGAAGCCUUGAACAAGUUUCAAAUCGCGAAGCGCGAUGUAUCAUCAUUCUUUACUCUCCCCUCCCAAAUGUUUGGUCGACAAAAAGAGUACGACCAAAUCAUGACCGUAGUCGAAAGGGUCAAGAAGCGUCAGACAUCUGCAGCAGCAAAGGCGUCAAUACAGAGCCCCGGAGCAGCUCAUGCUCUUGCUUCCGGCUCUUCGGCUUCAGACGGCCGUGUGGAUAGCUUCGACCUCGCUUCUGUUUCCAGUGAUUCCGGAUCUUUACAUCUUCCCCACGCACAAACUCGACCGCAACGAAUUAUCAUCUCGCAUCUUCCUUCUCAUUCUCGGGCUUCACAUCAGACGGAUAACCAGAGUCAUCCCUCUGGAGGCAGUCACCAGUCAAGCAAUGUCUUCAGCCAGACAGAUUCAUUUAACUCUGUGGGUAAAACAAAAGCUGGGGCAAAGUUCCGGCGUAAUGGACGAUGCGAGUUGAUCACAAUCACUGGCCCGGCUGGAAUAGGGAAAACAGAUCUUGUCAACCGAGUGCAACCAAACAUUCGCAAAAGUGGCUACGUUGCCAUCACUCGCCUGGACAAAGCUAAGCGAGUACCUUUCGAGCCUUUCGCCAAAGUCGUAGCCAGUCUUCUGCGCCAAAUCUUCUCUGAGGGAGAUGUAAUGACCGAUUAUCACAACAGCAUUCGGAAUGCUCUACGACCGAUGUGGCCGACCCUUCAUCGCGUCUUGGAACUCCCCGAGCAACUGAUGUCCCCCGGCGCGAAAUACAAGCCUUCACCGAAAAUGCCCACUCCUCAGUUGGUCAAAGCGGAUGUGGUCAAAAGUGGCGAGUCUUCGAAGCGUGUCAACAUUCCGUGGUUGGACCAGGGUCAAAGCUCAGCCGAUUUCUUCUUAGCAAAUGCUGCGUCCAAUAACAUGCGCCUGAUGGAUGUUUUUGUCGAGAUUCUCAAAACUCUUUGUCAUUUCCGGUUGAUCACAAUAUGCCUGGAUGAUCUCGAGUAUGCAGAUGAUGAGACCAUGGAAUUGAUUCUGAACAUCAUCCGAGCGAAAUUGCCCUGCGUCCUCAUAUUGAGCAGUCGCAAGGAUGAGAUACCCUCGGAUGAUAUUCGGGCCUUAUUCGAUAUGGAUGGCUCCAACGCCACGCGGAUUGAGCUUGAGCCACUUGGGGAGGACGAUAUCAUGGAGUUUGUGGCGGCGACGAUGCAUCAGGACCCUAAUCCGACGCUGACUCCACUGAUGGCUGUCAUUCAAGAAAAGAGCAGGGGCAAUCCUUUCUAUGUGAGAGUGAUGCUGGAAACAUGUUACCGCAAGAACUGCAUCUGGUAUUCCUGGAAAGACUCGAAGUGGGAAUUUGAUCUUGACCGGAUCUUCACCGAAUUUGUGGCGCCUGUUUAUGGCGAAGGUUUGGGGCUAGGCUUCUUAACCAAGCGUCUUCAAGAGAUUCCAGCCGCGGCCCGGUCAAUCCUGGUAUGGGGUGCUCUUCUUGGCAGCCCGUUCUCCUUCUCUUUGGUCCAAAGGCUUCUGACAAGUGAAUUUCUCUUCUCGUCGCACGAUGACGACGACCUUGAUCUCACAUCCCCCCACAAUGAUACGCUGAUCAGGCAAUCUGAAGGUGACAUCGUCGUUGGCCUACAAUACUUGGUCCAAUCAAACCUUCUGAACACAGGAAAAACGGACGAUGAAUUCAAAUUUGGCAAUGAUCGACUUGCGCAGGCGGCACUUCAAUUGAGCGAAGGUCGUAAUGUGGAGAAGAUGCAUUUCGUUGUUUCACAAGCUUUGAUGAGAUACUAUCAUGACCACCGCAGCCGCUACUCCAUGGCACACCAUGUAGCACUCGCCUCGCGCACAAUCAAGUCUUCAGUUCGUCGGCGUGUUGACUACCGACGCAUCCUUUGGGAAGCUGGCCAGACGGCCGCCCAGUCUGGUGCAAGACCCACUGCUCUAUGGUACUUCCGGCAUUGCAUUGCACUGCUGCAAGACAAUCCGUGGGAUGAUCGCCAAGCCGACGUUUUUUAUGACGAGACCAUGCGUCUCUUCAUCGCCGCGGCUGAAAUGUCAUGGUCCCAAGGCCAGAAUGAGGAAGCUCUUACAUUGAUAGAAGCCGUCUUCGUCCAUGGCAAGGACGCGGUGAGCAAGUCGAGAGCUUGGGUCAUCAAAGCCAAGAUUUAUGCCCAACUAGGAGACCACCAUCGUUCAAUGGAGGCACUGCUUACCUGUCUUGAUGAGCUUGGCGUCCAUCUUCGGUCGCCAACUACCUUCGAAGAAUGUGACGUCUCCUACCUGAAGCUCAAGACAUAUCUCGAAGCUGCAGAUUGGGACGCUAUCGCCCGAAAGCCUCCUAGCAAGGAUCCUAAUCUUAUAACUAUUGGCGCCGUUAUGGCCGAGGCGAUGGCCGUCACUUUCUGGGAUGAUGCCUUGACAUUCUACCGAAUGGCAAUUGAGAUGAUGAACAUUCACAUCUUCCGAGGCGGCUUCACCCAGGUCUCAAUCGGCUGCUCGCAUCUCGCUAUGAUCUCCCUUAGCCGCUUUAAAGAUGUUGUCUUGGGGGCAAAGCUCAGUGACUUCUCUCUUUCCCUCCUUGAGCACUGCCCAGAAUUAUGGACUCAGAGCAGGGGGUCCAUCGUCCACAGUCUCUAUGUUAGCCACUUGCGCAUUCCCUUGGCCUCGACUUUACCAGCACUUGAAGCUUCCUUAGAGGCGUCCUUUACAAUAGGUGAUCCAUACAUCACACUGAUCAGCAUCUCAUCAAUGGCCAUGACAAGACUCUACCUUGGCCAGGACAUGGCUCAACUGGAGUUCUUCUGCAUGGAAACUCCUGAAGACAUACAUAAUUGGGCCCAGGACACCCGCGGCGGUGCUAGUAUAAUUGCUGUCCGACAGGUAGCACGGGCCCUCCAAGGCAGGACUGAGUACCAAAGCGCCGAUGAUAUUCUCUCAGAUGAAGAACACCACACGAGUACAUACAUGGCUUACUUGGAUGCCAACGCUAGCAAUGCCGAUAGACCUCGCGACAUCUACUAUGGUCUCUCCAUGAUCCCACUUUUCCUUUACGGCCACCACACCCGAGCGAUCCAAGUGGGCACUAGAUUGCUUGAGACGGCUCACAAAUUGUGGUCUGUGCGUGUGACCUACAUCAUCUAUUUCUACCUGUCUAUUGCAUUAUUGACGCUCCACAAUGACAAUCCCGCCCAGGGAUACCUUGAUGGGAAAAUGGAUACUAUACUCAAGUAUAAGGCCGAGAUUGACUUCGCCCGGAGCUGCUCAGAUGCAAAUUAUGGGAUGUGGGCUUUAUUACUUGAUGCCCUCAUAUCCGAGGUUCGAAACGACCACAGCUCUGCAAUACAAGCGUUCGAGGCUGCCAUAGAUCACUGCCAGAUCCACGGCUGGCCUCUCGAGGAAGCACUUGCCCUUGAGUUACAAGGUGAGUUCUUGAUCAGGCGCGGGGCUAAGCGGGCUGCUCGUGCAAUGAUACAAGAUGCCAUUGCCGCUUGGAGCUCCGUCAGUGCCAGCGGAAAGGCAACGGUACUUGCGGAGAAGCAUGAAUGGUUGCUCAAGACCGCCACGUCGGCCAGGACCAUGGAUGCUGGCUGCCAAACCAUUGACUCGCUCGCUGAGAUCACCCGUGACGCCGUGCAAGAGGAAAUUGUACUGCCUUCGCAGAUCGAGGACGAAGAGAGGCGAAAACAGUGGAUUGAACAGAAUGGUGUCACGGCUGGUGAAAGCUCAAUGGACAUUUCGAGUGUUGGACUCGACAUUAUCGAUCUAUCCAGUAUACUCGAGUCGAGCCAGGUGAUGUCAUCCGAGCUUCAGAUUGACAAGCUCUUCACUAAGAUGCUUGAGAUUAUCUUGGAGUCAUGCAAUGGUUCUGACUUUGCUGUCAUUGCUACAGACUUUGAGGACCAUGGAUUUGCGAUUGCCGCAGCUGUGAAUGCCGAGAAGAGCCAGAAGUACUACGAGGAGGGCCUUCCUUUCUCAGAAAUGGAGAGUCUCAUGGCUCAACAUAUCUCGCACUAUGUGAUGCGCACGAAGGAGGAGGUUCUUGUUCACAACGUGCUUGAGGACGAGCGAUUCUCCAACGUGGCGGAAGCCUACCAUGCUAAUUACCCGCUGGGCCGGUCUGUCAUCGCUCUCCCGAUUGUUCAAGGCGAUCACCUCCUUGGAGUAAUCCACUUGGAAGGCAAACCAAACUGGUUCACGCAGCGCAAUGUAGUCGUUCUACACCUGCUCUGCAAUCAAAUCGGAAUUUCACUCUCAAACGCUUUGCUAUUCCGUGAGAUUCGCAAGGUCAGUGCGAAGAAUGCAUCGAUGAUUGAAUCCCAGAGACGUGCGCUUGCACAAGCACGAGAGUCGGAACAAAAAGCAAAGGUGGCAGAAGCGGAGGCCAAACAUAAUGUCAAGCUGAAGGAAGACGCUGCUCGAGCCAAGUCUAUCUUCCUUGCCAACAUCUCCCACGAUCUGCGCACUCCGAUGAACGGCGUGAUUGGGCUUUCCGAAUUGCUCAAGGGUACCAGGCUUAAUAAGGAGCAAGAUGAAUACGUUGAGUCCAUUCGUGUCUGUGCCGACACACUGCUCACGCUCAUCAAUGACAUUCUCGACUUCUCUAAACUGGAGGCUGGCAAGAUGAAAAUCUCCACUGUUCCACUGAACCUGAAAGAAACGAUCUCAGAGGUGGUUCGUGCUCUUCGCUAUACUCACCGUGAGCGAGGCUUAGAAACCAUUGAGGACUUGGAGCGCGUGCCACCGGAACUUGUCGUUCUCGGCGAUCCUGUUCGUCUUCAUCAGAUCUUCAUGAACUUACUCAGUAACAGUUACAAGUUCACACCCAAAGGCUCUAUCACCGUCAAAGCGAAGGUUGCUCGUGAGGGUAAGGGUCGUGUACGCUUAGAAUGCUCCGUUGCCGACACUGGAAUUGGCAUACCCGACGAGCAGAAGGUCCGCCUUUUCCGACCUUUCUCGCAGGCUGACCCCUCCACUGAGCGAUCAUAUGGUGGCAGUGGACUGGGACUGAGCAUUUGCAAGGCCAUUAUCGAGGAUGUUCUCGGAGGAGCCAUCUGGCUAGAGUCCGAAUCUGGUGUUGGUACCACGGUCACUUUCCAUUUGGUCUUCAACAAAGCACCCAAGAAAACUGCCGUCAAGACGCCCUGGUCCCAAGACUUGAAGCAUGCACAACAGAAUAGAGACGGAAACCGGGCAAAAACCCGCGAUCUCACUCAAAUUCCUCGUAACCAGAUCCGCGUUUGUAUCGCCGAAGACAACCCCAUCAACCAGAAGAUCGCUGUUAAAUUCGUGACCGGUCUGGGCUUGCAAUGCGAAGCCUACAGUGACGGUAAACAAGCCGUCGAAGCCCUCCGCGCCAAAUCCAAAGAAGGCAACCCCUUCCACAUCGUCCUCAUGGAUGUCAUGAUGCCCACACUGGACGGCUACAACGCCACGCGCGAACUCCGACGCGACCCGGAUCCAAAUGUGAACGAAGUUCUCGUCAUCGCCAUGACAGCCAGUGCCAUUGAAGGCGACAGGAGAAAUGCCUCGAGGCCGGCAUGA